UAUCACACUAUUGAUGUAGUGAACAAAAUGUAUGUUAAAAGCUCUUGUAUGCUGUUGUUAAAUUGUUUUUUCUUUAUUCUCUUGUUCUUAAUACAAUAUGGACAACCAUGUACAAUUUGUAGCUUUGGUCCUUGGAUGCAAUGGGGUGGUUGUUCGCAAACAUGCGGAGGAGGAGACAAAAGCAGGCAACGGAUUGUUUGUUGUCCCGGAAGACAAAGCUAUGAUCAUUGCAUUAAUAAACGUUGUCGUAAAGCACAGAGUGAUAUUUGGCAAUCUUCUGCUUGUAACCAGGACUGUUACAAUGGUGGGGUGUUUGAACGUAAUAAGUGUAAAUGUUCAGCUGGAUGGCAAGGUUACUGCUGCAACAAAGCCUGUGAGUUUCCAUAUUUUGGAGAUAACUGUCUGCAACAAUGUGACUGUGAGCAUGGCGUUUGUGACCAUGUGACCGGGAAAUGUGACUGUUUGAUUGGAUGGACAGGUAGAGAAUGUAACCAGACCUGUGCCGAUGGUUAUUUUGGUAACGAUUGUCAAAAUGUAUGUAGUUGUGAGAAUGGUGAUUGCGAUCACGUUUCUGGAAAUUGUACAUGUUUUCCUGGUUGGACAGGAACCAACUGCAGUACACCCUGUGACAUUCCAUAUUUUGGCAAUGGCUGUCAAGAGAAGUGUGAAUGUAAAAAUGGAAAUUGCAGUCAUGUGACAGGACAAUGUACCUGUUUGCCUGGAUGGAUUGGAAUAACCUGUGCUGACAAGGUUAAAAGUGCUCCUUUUGGAACAUUGUUUAUAUCGACUGCAACUGGGUGCGUUGUUGGUUUAAUUCUCAUACUCAUUUGUACGUCAUUGAUUUGUAUGAAAUUUUGUCGUCGAAAGAUAGAAGAAUCACAAACUACAAUCAGGAACACACAAACAGCUUAUACAAAUGUAGCGGAAUCAUCUCCUUAUCACGAGUAUAUAGACGCAGCAGAAAAUAUCAUCAAUGGAAACCCUUUGGACAAAUACGAAAGUUUACUAACGUCUGGAAGUUACGAACACGUUUCAAACUACGAUAUUAUUUUGAAACCAAAUGUUGGAUGCGAAAACUCAAUGAACGAACUUUUGAAUCAAUACGAACCACUACGAGGGGCAAAUAAAAUCUCGCCUAUUCAUAUAUAUUCUGACAAUCCUUCCUAUGAUGAUUCAAUGUAUACAGAGAUUUAUGGAUAAUCGUAAAUUCAUAACAUUUCAUCGGUUGUAUUGAAAUUUCAGACAGUGUUAACUGUCCAAUCACUUAUCAUGUGUUCACAUAUAAAAAAUGUUUAUACAUCAUUGUUAAUUUUGUAUAUU